AUGCCCGCCCCCACCCCCUUAGCAUCCUGCUUUGGUUCUAACGCUGAGGAACUUGCCCCUCGCACUGCUCUUCUAGCUGCUCUCUCCCAUAUCGGUAUCGACGAUCCGUCAGCUUUGGUGAACUUUGCUAAAGAGAGUAGUGCUCUGCAACAAGUCGCCCAGACUGCGGCUAUCCCCGAAGUCUCUUCGCUAGGGAAGGAUAAACAAUCUAUCGCCCUUCUACAUCUCAAAUACGAGAGAAUUCUUCGGUCGGCAUUGACCGAAGCGAGUAAGCUCGUUUCUGCUGCCGGCGGAGUCGAUACUACCAACUUCGCCUCUCUCUCGUCAUCUCUAUGGCAGGCUAACCCUUCGCCUGCUCUUUGCCCCUCUCCUACUCUCUUCGCCGACUUCACAAUGACCCCGGCGCUACUGCGAAUUGUACGUCACGACUACAGAUUAUUCGUCCAGAGCGUCACGUUCUAG